AUGCCUAACUCCAAGUGCCUGCAAAAGUCGGAGCCCCUGUGGAAGGAGUGGGACCAGAAGGCCCAAAAGAAUGGACUGAGGCACCAGGUGAAUGCUGUCAAUGGUGACUGCUAUGUGGGCCAAUGGAAGGACAACAUGAAACAUGGAAAAGGAACACAGAUCUGGAAGAAAAAAGGAGCCAUCUAUGAGGGAGACUGGAAGUUUGGGAAGCGAGAUGGCUAUGGCACCCUCAGCAAUCCUGACCAAGAGAAGGGAAAGUAUAGGAAAGUAUACUCUGGCUGGUGGAAAGAUGAUAAAAAAUCGGGCUAUGGGAUUCAGUUUUUCGGACCCAAGGAGUAUUACGAGGGUGAGUGGUGUGGCGACCAGCGCAGCGGGUGGGGCCGCAUGUACUACAGUAACGGCGACAUCUACGAGGGCCAGUGGUUGAAGGACAAGCCGAAUGGGGAGGGCAUGUUGCGCCUGAAGAACAGGAACCGCUACGAGGGCUACUGGCAGAGGGGCAUGAAGAAUGGGUCGGGCCGUUUCUUCCACCUGGACCACGGUCAGCUGUUUGAAGGCUUCUGGGUGGACGACGUGGCCAAGUGUGGCACAAUGAUUGACUUUGGCCGCGAUGAGGCCCCUGAGCCCACCCAGUUCCCCAUUCCUAAGAUCGAAAUUCUAGACCCUAAUGGUGUGCUGGAGGAAGCCUUGGCCAUGUUCAAGAAGACAGAGGAAGAUGAAGAUUGA